AUGAGCAAUCAACCCCCAUACCCUCUCCACGAAUCAGUGGUCGGCCGAAUAGACCCCGAAUAUGCCGCAUUCUAUAACAAACACAUCAUAGACAAGCAACAAGUCCACCUUCAACCGAUAGAAGCAUCGCGAGCUAGCGGCGUUCUCAUCCCAGGCAGUGGUCCAUUGCAACCCGUCGCCAGUACAGUCGACUACAAAGUCAAGCGAAGAGAAAGCCAAGGCCCUGACGUCAGUGUUAGGUGCUUUACACCGAAGGGUGAAAAGCCAGAAGCUGGAUGGCCAGUAUGUAUUUACUAUCAUGGCGGCGGAUGGGUUCUCGGUACGAUUGAGACUGAGAAUGUUAUUGCAUCACAUUUAUGUGCUCGAGGAAAGUGUGUCGUCGUCAGCGUAGAUUACAGACUCGCGCCAGAGAACCCUUUCCCCGCUGCUGUGCACGAUUCCUGGGAGGCUGUCUUGUGGGUCAUCGGGGAAGGGAAAGAUAUCCUUGGCUUGGACACGUCAAAACUGGCAACAGGCGGCUCAUCCGCUGGUGCUAACCUCGCAGCUGUCAUGUGCCAAAGGGCCGCUGAUCUCGGAUCACCGCAAUUCUCCCUGCAACUUCUUUCCGUGCCAGUCAUGGAUAACACAGUCGACAUAUCCAACAACGAGUCGUGGAAAGAGAACCAGAAUUCCCCUGCACUUCCAGCACCCAAGAUGCUUUGGUACCGCAACCAUUAUCUACCUAACAAGGAGGACUGGUCUCACCCUGAAGCCAGCCCGCUAUUUUGGAAGGGGGAUUUCUCUAAACUUCCACCAGCGUGUUUCGUUGUUGGUGAGUUGGAUGUUCUUCGCACAGAGGGCGAACAGUUUGCAAAGAAGCUGCUUGAUGCUGGUGUCAAGGCUGAGGUCAAUACGAUGAAGGGUCAGCCACACCCAUUCAUUGCUAUGGAUGCAGUUCUAGAGGCUGGGUCGAGAGCCAUAACACUGUUCUGCGAUGCUCUCUACAAGACCAUGUAUGAGACAUGGUAA